AUGUCAGCACAGAGGAUGGGGACAUCGACAGCCGUGAUCAGGAGAAUUAACGGAAAGAGUCGACGAGGCCCAAGGUUGAGGAAGUUCUUUGAACGCACCUCUCGUGACGUCCCUCGCAGACCAAUAGAAGUCGCAUACAAGGAGGUCUUUAAAGGUGGUGGUUUGAUACUUUACGGACUUCACGUUGUGACCGAACUAAGCCACUGCACAAGCAAACACGGAGGUGGUCUGUUCUUGAAAUGGUGUGAUCGUCUCACUUGCCAGCGGACUUCAGGGAACCAGUAUUUACGUGCCUCCGGCCUUCCGACAGCCGGCAUGUAUCCUAUGAGAAAUGCGCAAUCCACCGCAAGAGGCGCCCUGGUCGGGGCACGUUCGCCCGGUGCAUAUAGGUCAACGGCGCACCUGGACGCGUAUUUACAAUUCCUCGCCGGUUCGGCACCUCAAGGAGACUUGGAGGAGGAGGGCCAGAGACUGCAGGAGAAAGGCGCGCCUCGUAGACUGGAAGAGAGGAGUUCCACUUCCAGUAAUCCCCUACUACGGUAGCUGUAUCUUCGUUUGAGCCGACUUCGCCGAAUGCUAUACGUCUGGAUACGACGAUGUAAGUACGUUUUCAACUCAAAUCGAAUGCUUUUUUCAGUGUGCUACUGCGUCAAUUAUCAUGCAUACGUGUACAUACGUAGCGCAUUAUGCUAAGACAAACUAUAUUCUUAUAAGGUAUGUGAAAAGCGUGAAGUGCAUUUUAACCACUGAUUUUAAUGCGUAAUACCAAACCGGGCUAUAAGCAUCACAUUUGCAAGUACUGGAAGCAAUUCAAAGGAAUGCUCCAUGGCAAAGUCGAAUAUGCACAUGCAUGUUUAGUGACUUUACACAGUAAACUUUUUUACACCUUUUGGGUGUAAAUGGCUUGUCCCAUGGCGCACACCUUUUUGGUGUUGCCUUCACACUCAAGUGAUGGGUGUUUUCUAAAACACCCUUUGGUUAAGUGUAUUCCUAAUAAAACGCACUUAUAAUGGGCGUUUAAAAUAAAAAAAACACCCUUCAAAUGGGAGUAUUCUAUUGAAAACACCUUUUAUGAUGGAAUUGUUUUCUGGCAAAUAUUCCCUCGCAAAUAGCUAGUGUAAUACAAGCUUCCGCGGCAGCAUGCCGAGACGAGACUAGUGGCCGAGAUAUACAGUUUGACUUCUUGCUUCUAUGGCAAGCACUAGCCUGAACACGGCAGACUUCCAGCCGUGGUUCCAUCGUAGAAACUAGACUGGAGUGCAAUGCGUCGCAGGCACGCCUCGUUAGCUUGAUAACACUGUGGGACCAACGUGAGUGUCGAGGUUUGAAGAGACCUGGGUACCCUCAGUAGCCUAUAAUGGCGUGUCGGAUGGAUCAUAUACUGAAAUACAGUUUGUUGGGACACGUUCAUUACAUGUGGUGGGGCAGGACACGUUUGUAACGGUGACGGGAAUGCGUUUUGCAAUUAACACCCACGCUUGCAACGAGUCAAAGAUAUCAGCUAAAUUCCUAACAUCCUUCCCUGUAAAAUACUGUUUUUUUAACUCAGGUUAUCGUCUAUAAUGUGAUUACUUGCUGAGCGGAGCUGUGAAACCAGCGUAAUUUUUCUCUCGCUAAUUAAAACACCGUUAUUAACACCAUAUUCCCGAUUCAAAUGGGGUGUAAAAAAUGUAUAUUGGACAUAAACACCUGUUUCAACACCCCACUUUACACUCUGAAUGAUCGACAUUGGAUAAAACGUGGUGUAUGUCCAUAUUACACCUUCAGAAAUGCUCUUCUUGCACCCUCUGCGGGAUAGAAAAGGGUGUUUUUAUAAGAAUACACCUUUUUUGAGCGAAUAAAGGUGUAAAAUGAUUUACUGUGCAGAUAGAGUAGCAUUGCACCAUCCACAAUUAAGGCUUACACAUAAAGCUCACGCACAAUACAAACAAAAACUAGUAGUAAUGUAUCGUUGCGCUUUUAUGUGUAGUCCCACCAUAAUCGGACUGCAUGUAAUGAUACAUACUAGUAGCUAUACUCUGUUGUGUAUACACCAUUUUUAGUCUUGUCAUACCCUCGACAGCAAUAAAUAAUCUAUACAUAUUUUUUCUCUUUACUUAUUAAUAAUCUGAGGCAGCUGCACAUGUGUAUCUUAUAUUUGAAUAAGUCAGAAGGAGUUUAGUUGUACGGUAGCCUACGCAGUGGCUGCGUAAUGCGCACCAAGUGAUUCUUCGUGGAACAAAAAAAAAAGUUAUCCUUAUGCGUUUUGUAACCACUGCUUUGUUUUGUCUUUUUAGGUUCUGCAGCAUACAUGAAAUUUAAGGCUGCUGUAGCUGUACCUCAUCGCUUGAAAGACGACUGUCAUGACACAGUGCCAAAGUCUGUGGAUCCUUCCCCUGGAAAGAAUGUUUCAAAGGUUGUCCCUAUGUCCCCACAAUCUCUUGUAAAUAUUACAUUAUAAAUUAUUGGCUUUGUCCGUUGCAAUAAAUGUACGUAUGUGC